UGUUUGCGUGGGCCUCUCCGCGUUACAUCGCUGCGCGUUACAUCGCUGCGCGUCCCGCUCCUCCCGCGCUUGUAGGGCUGAGGGAACGCUGCCGAUUCCCUCGGGGUGGUUGUAGCUGUGCUGUCACUGUCAGCCCCUUCAGUCCCCACGCAUGGCCGGUCCGCAAUCUGGGAGCUGGUGAACCGGUGACAACGUUCUGUUAGCGGUUUCUGACUUUAUUAAACAGCGGUUUAUUCUGAGCCUUUUCCUGUCCCUCAGGUUGUGUGAAGCGUUUGUGAAAUAAGCUGUUAAAGGACCAUUCUGCCGAAGCAAUGGCUUCUCAAGAAUUUACUGUGUUAUACACUCACCAAAAAAUGAAAAAAUCGAAAACAUGGCAAGAUGGAAUUCUGAGGAUUAGAUCUGGAGAAAAUAAGGCAAUCUUGCUUGAUGAUAAAGGACAAUAUUUGGAGAGUAUGUUUGUAAAAUCCCAGGUGAAUUCUGGAGAUAAUUUAGAAAGUGAACGAUAUUUGAUCAUGGUUGAAGAAGCAAAAAUGAAGGAAAAAUCUUGUGAAGGUCCACCAAGGAAAGCUGAAAUAGUAGACGUGAAUAGACGUGGUGUAAAGCCUGGAAUUCUGCCUCCAAAACAUCUGUCUGUCGGCUUAAAGAGGAAGUUUACAGGUUUCCAAGGGCCACGUCAGGUUGAAAAGAAAGUAUCAACAGCAGAAGAUGAAGAAAGAAUGGCAGUAUUGCCUAUAUCUGAGCAGAAUCAGGAUCGUUUUCCAUCCAGGUUUUAUAUUACCUCUCCCUUAUUUUCUACUAUUUACAAGAAGAAUGCAGAAACAAGCUUAUCUGCAGGCUUGCAUGAAGAUGGAGGUACAGAUAACAGAGAUCGUGUGACUCCCUCCUCAGUGGUUUCACUUCCAUUUCUUCAUACAUGUAAUGAAAUAGAGAAGAAAAAUUCUGAUCAGUCCACAGUAAAACCAGAGUCUCCUCUAAUUACUGGGCACGCCAAGUCUAAUAGUUGGACAACUGGUCAUGGGGCAGUGUCACAGAAUAUCAGGAGCACAACACAGAUCAUAGCUCUUCUGAAGUCUAAACCACAAGUCUGCAGAGAGCAAGUCUGCAGAUCUGAAGUCACAGAAUGUCAUAGAUUUCAAACACUGGAAAACAUAAAUAGUUUGUGUAACCUAAAAAGCACAACCCUGCCUGCCUUUUCUGUAAACUCUGACAAAAAGAUUGCUCAAACUAUUCAGCACUUGCCUUUUACAAAGGAAAUGGUAAAUGAUAAAAAGGAACAUUUGCUUAUAAAUUCAUCUGAACCUUGUGAUAAAGAAAUCGCAGGGCAAAGACAUGACAAAAAGGCUAAUAAUUUAAGCCAAGAUUUACAAGAUCCCUGCAGGACAAACAGUUCUGUACUAUCUGAAUCCACCAUAAACAGAGUGAGUGACAGCCUAUUUGUCUCUUCUUGUUCAGCAAGUCCAGUCACCUUUGAAAAACCUCUCUCCAGAUACAGAGAGCAUUUGGCAAUUAAUGGUCUUCAGGAUAAUUCAUCAGUCAAAUCUCAAAGUGAUCUUCAGCUGAAACAAAACUCAGAAAGAAUGCCUAGCGACUUAGAGCUCUCUGAGGAUUUAACAGUGACUGAAAAUGCAAUUGCAAAGCAAGGUUUAAGUACACAUGGCAGAGACUGUAGUCCAGACAAACAGGUGAUGGAGGUUAACUUUGACCUGUUGGGGGCUUUUGAUUUUCAUGAUAUGGACAAUGAAGAGCACUGUGAAAGAAAUAAGAAAGAGCUCACUGAAGAAGACAUGCUUUCAAAAAGUGCAGAUUGCUUAGAGGGAGAAGAUAGGGCACAAAAUACUGCAUUGAGACUUAAUUCUUGCUUUGAAGUGAUGACACACUGCAAAAAGGAAGAAAUCAAGUGUUCAACAUAUGAUAUAGAAAAUGAUGGCAAUCACUGCACUGUGCAAAUGCCAUUACAGUUUUGUAACAACGUUACAGAUACAGAGAGAAUUAUGGAAGACUCUUCAAACCAGACCAAAAUUGAAGUGGAACUUUUGGAUGACAGAAACAACUUAAAAGAGAUUAAUGGAAGCCUAGGAAGUAUUGAAGCUGUGAACAAUGAGAAGAAUCUUGGUGGCUGUGCAGCACUUACCAUUAACGGCACAUCAGGACUAAAAAGCAAGCACUUUGAUCUUUUUCCUGGUGACACAAAUGUUAAAUGUCACCCUAAAACUGGAAUGUUUGAUAAAACUGAAAAUAUUUCAUGUACUGCUUCUAGCAGUAUAAUUUCUACAGCAGAGGGAAAGACUGAAGAAGAUGUUAUACAGCUUGAAUGCACAAAAUCCCCAGAUCUUGGUUUAGAACAUUUCCGGGGAACUAAAAUUGAUUACAUCAAACCAGAUGGCCCUGUGCUGACUUUGUCACAAAACUCUGAAUCUUGCUGUGGCUCAUCCCAAUAUAUUACAGAAGAUCAUCAAAAUCUGUCUGGCAUUUUGAAUAAGGAAAGUACUUUUAUUUCCAAAAGUGCUGUCUGUCCUUUAGGGAAAGGUUGCUCAGCUUCAGAAGAAGCAGAAAUGGAUGAAACAGAGGUUGAAAACCUAGAGAGCAUGAAUACCCCUCAUGGAGCCAGCAAAGGUGAAAGAAUAGAAAUAGAAAUGGACUGCCUGAAAUCCAUGGCAAAGGCUGAAAAUUCAUCAGAUCUUCCUGACUUGGUAAACAAUAUCACUCUUCUAAGAGCUUUGUAUCAAUGUAGCACAGCACUAGACAGCUUACAAAUGAUGAAGGAAUAUAAUAGUGUGUUACAUGAAGCAGAGACUUCUGAAGAGAUACCUGAACUACUUACCAAAGACGAAGCUAUAAAAUGGUUUACAGAAAUGCCUUACUCAGAAAGUAUACAGGCAUCUUCAUGCAUUGAUUCUUCUGGCAAUUUGAAAACUGAGCUGUGUGUUCCACUGAAAGCACUGGGCCAAAGAGACCCUAGGACACCUGAAUGCCAGCAGAAGCCUGUUGAGUUUCAAGGGCACCAAAUAAAGGGAUCAGCAUCUAGUGAGACAAUGUUGAGAGCUCCCUGCUCACAGCUAGGAUGGCAGCAGUACCCAGACAAUACGGAGUUUGCAGCUGAGAGAUUUCUGUCACCUCCGUUUUCAUGCAAUUAUGUUCUUUCUGACUUCAGAGAGUCUCCAGAUUCAAGAAGUCUUCAUGAGGACAAUAUGAAUUUUAUCAGAGAAGAGAAUUUUCAAAAGAAGUUUAACAUUAAAGACUCAGUAGUAGGUCACUCCUCAUCAGCAUUGAAUGCGUGUUCUGAAGUUCCACAGUGGAUAGUGUCAAGCUCACCAUCACAUUCUGAUUUGGGAGAAACACAGUGGACCUCAUGGGAACCUGGCAAGAUUAUUACAUCAGUGCAAUUGAAUUCCUCAGUUUCUCCAGCUUCAGGAAAAAAGGGAAAUGUUCAAGACAUUCAGGAACCUCUGAUCCACAGGAAUCUACCAAGUGAUUCAGAGCUUUCAGAAAACAUUUUCACAUGGGAACAAGACAGCUAUCCAGAGGAAUGCAACUCCACGGUUAAAACACAAAUUCCACCUGUCACUGUUGCUGCCACUGCCAAGAUUCCCAACACAGAUUUUUUCCUAACCGACAGUGAGGAGGUCCAGCAACCUAAUGGCUUUUCAGUAGUCAGUUUGAGCACCAAGCCAGCAGUGUUUUCCAUGAGUGCUUCUGGCCCUGAGGACAGGAAUUAUGAAACUUCUGUGUUUGAGGAGUGUAUGGAAGACAGACAAAGAAAAUCUGUGCACCCAGUGUUCUCAAAUGUGACUUCACAAUGUAGACAAAGCAAGUGGCUAAAAUAUCUAAACAGCGCUCAUUGUGACCUGAUAACUCAAAACAGCAACGAUACGGAAGCGGCCAAUGACAUCUAUGCUGAGAAUGUCCUUGGAAUGCUGCUGGGUGACACAGGAGAGAGCCAGAGCAGCACUGCGAACAGCAACGCUCCUGGCCCUGUACCUCUGCUGACAGCAAAGAGCAUGCUCGGUGAAUGCUGUGCAGAUAGCAGCAACCAAGAUUUGAUUUCAGACAGGAAGUUACUUUCUUGUCACUUAAAUCAGACUCCUCUAACUGAACCAGCACAAAAGGUGUUGAGUCAUCUGACCUGCCGCACUGUGACAGGAGAUGUCCAGGAUAUAACAGUUUCUGAGCUGUCUUUUCCUAAUGCAGACAAAGUAAAACAUGCUAAUCUUCCUAAAAGAAAGAUUGCCAUACCAACUGAGUUUCAGUCUCAUGUUCACUACAAACAGGUUUUUAAAGCUGCUUUGACAGAACAUUUAAACAUAAUGCUUUUUGAGCUGUCGCAAAGAUUACACAACGCCCUUUCAAAAGUGGAUACAUCAUUUUACUCUUCAUUGAAAGAUGAGCAAAGCGAGAGCAAAGAAAGCUGCGUUCCACUCUGUGAUCACAUGCGUCCUGCUAAGGUUCUUGUGGUUAAAAAAGAAGGUCAAAACAAGGGCCGUCUGUUCUAUGCCUGUGAUGCCCCAAGAGCCGAGCGCUGUUCAUUUUUCAAGUGGAUAGAAGAAGCGAAUGCUGCACAAAUAAAAAAAUUCAGACCAAGUGUAGUGCUUCAUGAUGUAAAAAGUAUUGGAGCAUACCUCCGAAAUCAAAAGAUUUUUGUCUUUGAUGGAUGCCAGCUUUUUGUGAGGAAAGGCUAUGAAAUUCGAACACGAUGGUGUAGUAAGCUCAAGAAACUUAGGAACGUGCAUGCUGAAUCUGAUGGGGACUCCAAAAAUAAACUGUACCUCAAGCUAAGCAGUAAGGAGCAUUAUUCUCUCUAUAGCAAAGAUGAUAUUUGGGUUGUUUCGAAGACUCUGAAUUUUGAUCCCCUUGAUACUUUCAUUGCAAGCAGUGCUUUCUUUGGACCAACCCAUAACAAUGAAGUUGAACUCCUACCACUGAAAGGCUAUCACCCCUCAAACUGGCACUCACACACAUCAGUUCAUGCCUUGCUAGUUUGUAAUGCCAGUGGUGAGCUUAUAUCCUUAAGAAAUAUGGAAGAAUACUUCAACCCGUCUACAUUACCACUAAUACCAUAUCUACUAAAAAUGAAUCUUGAUUCUGAAAAGCCUACUAGGAGAAUCAACAGAAGAAAAUUUAUUCCACCUGCCAUGAGCCUGGUACGCAGAAAGAUGUAUGGAUCUGUCAGCACUGAAGUGGCAGUGGAGCUAGCUGAAAAGAUGAUCCUAACGUUCUCAUUGAAUCCAGAUCAAGCUACAUCUCUGAUUCACAUAGCUCAGAUGAUGUCCUCACAUGAAAAUAUGAAACCAGUGGAAGAACAUCAGAUUUUCCCUAUCACAAUCAUACAUGGUGUUUUUGGAGCUGGAAAGAGCUAUUUGCUGUCUGUUGUGAUCUUGUUCCUGGUCCAGCUCUUUGAAAGCAGUGAAGCUAAGGAGGGUCCAGAGCUAGCUCCAUGGAAACUUCUGAUUGCUUCUUCCACUAAUGUUGCUGUUGACAGGAUACUGCUGUGUCUACUUGAUCUUGGAUUUGAGGAUUUUAUCAGAGUGGGAAGUAUUAGGAAAAUCACCAAAGCAAUUCUUCCCUAUAGUUUACAUGCUGGCUCGGGAAAUGAAAAUGAACAGUUAAAAGAACUUCUUGCUCUCAUGAAAGAAGAUUUAGCUCCAGCUGAAAAAAUGUAUGUAAGGAAGAGUAUUGAGCGACAUAAACUGGGAACCAAUAAAUCUGCAUUGCAACAGGUAAAAGUGGUUGGAGUGACCUGUGCUGCCUGCCCAUUCCCUUGCUUGGAUACUCUUAAGUUUCCUGUAGUGGUGCUGGAUGAGUGCAGUCAGAUGACUGAACCUACUUCUCUCCUUCCUAUUGCAAGGUUUCAGUGUGAAAAGCUAGUCCUUGUUGGAGAUCCUAAGCAACUGCCACCAACUAUUCAAGGGUCUGAGAGCACUCAUGAUAAAGGACUAGAACAGACUCUCUUUGAUCGGCUUUGCUUAAUGGGACAUAAAACAAUACUGCUACGGACACAAUAUCGAUGCCACCCCACUAUUAGUGCCAUAGCCAACGAGCUGUUCUAUGAAGGAAACCUGAUAGAUGGUGUUUCUGAGAAGGAAAGAAGUCCUUUACUGGAUUGGCUUCCAACACUAUGUUUUUAUAGUGUUAGCGGGCUGGAGCAAAUUGAGAGAGACAACAGCUUUUAUAACAUGGCAGAAGUUCAUUUUACAGUCAAGCUUAUCCAAUCUCUGAUUGCAAGUGGAAUACAUGGAUCUGCAGUGGGUGUGAUUACUUUUUACAAAUCACAGAUGUACAAGAUACAGAACUUGCUUAGGAGCAUACAUUCCGAGGCUUUUCCAGUGAAGGCUGUCCAGGUGUCCACUGUAGAUGCAUUCCAAGGAGCCGAGAAGGAGAUCAUUGUUCUGUCAUGUGUAAGAACAAGACAAACUGGAUUCACAGACUCAGAAAAGAGAAUGAAUGUUGCAUUAACAAGGGCAAAGAGGCAUCUGCUGAUUGUUGGGAAUUUGGCCUGCUUAAGUAAGAACAGACUUUAUGAAAGAGUAAUUAAUCACUGCAAAGGACGAGAAAACGGACUGCAACAUGUAAGCCAGUGUGAGCAGCAGCUAAACGACAUUCUGAAGUACUACCUGGAGGAAAAGAAGGAAGAAGAACAGAGUAAGAAAAAGGAAAAAUAAAAUGUGUGCUUUUUAUUUUGACAGUAUAUGAAUGGUGUGUCUAUAAAAAUGACCAGUACUACUGUGAAUGUAAUAUUUAAUGUUUAACGUGGGGAAAUUUUAUUUGCAUCUGUUCUGAUUUUUCUGUUUUGGCAGCCCCUUGUUUGAAUGACUAAAACUAAAGAAUAUAGGAACUGCAAUAUCUGAGAUCCCUUUAAUUCUAUUAUUAAUAUUAGUAUGAAUUAUUUAAUAACUAAGCCUGUGAAGUACCUAAUUGCAUUAUUAGUGUUUCGUUGUUCUUCAGUUUGAUACGCAUGCAGCAGCCUAUUGUAAAAACAAGUGCGUAUUUACAAAUCAUUCAAAGCGAAGAACAUGGCUCUAACAUAAAAAGGCCUAACGCAACGUCGUUUUUCCAAAGAAAACUACACGCCCUCAGUUUAUUCAAUCCCCUCAAGUCAACAGCCCCACCCGGCUCGGCGCAGCCCCGCCAGGCCGCCAGGUGGCGCCGCCCGCCACCGGGAGCGGCCCGCGUUGCGCCGUGCAGCGCUGCUGACACCUCGGCUCUCGCUCCCUAAAAUCUCAAUCAACAAUCCAUUAGGACGCAACGGGAGUAAAACUAAAUCCUCGUUUAAGUGUAUUUAUCCGAUCUCUUUUCUCUCUUUCAAAUGCUAAAUCCAUUUCAGCAUAUGCCCCCUCUUUCUCUCGCCUUUCUCUAAAGCCCGGCAGCCCACACUGCUCUUGUAAAUAUGAAAGAUGCUAAUCAUAUGACAUAUCACGUCUCAGUCGGGGCCUGGAAUAAAGCCUUGAGAUUUGGGA